AUGAUGGCAUCAUUAAAAAGUAAGUUUAGAGGUGCGAUGUGCGGUUCCCUUCUUGGCGACGUUUUUGGGUCGCCUUUCGAGGGGUUUUCCCUGAUGGACAAACCCACGGUGCAAAAAUAUUUCGAUAAAUGCGAAGACCCAAACUGCAAAACAACACAUGGCUUCUAUUACACCGACGAUACUGCAAUGAUGAAGUCAGUAGCCAAGUUUUUAAUAGACAAGGAAGAUCUAGAUUUUAAGUACCUAGCGCAGUUGUUUGUUACUGAAUUCUUUGCCGACCCAGAUCGAAAAUAUGGAGCUAACGUUCGUGAGGUUUUUAAAGAACUACGCGACACAAAUUACGAAGACCUUUAUGGGCCCGCCAAACGACAAUUUUCUGGUUCGGGAUCCUAUGGUAAUGGCGGCGCGAUGCGCAUUGCCCCCAUAGCGUUGUUUUUCCAUGACAAAUAUGACCAGAUGAUAGAAGUAGCGAGACGUUCAACUGGGAUUACACACGGCAACGUCUUAGGCUUAAACGGAGCACUGUUACAGUGUAUUGCGGUUCGUCAAAGCCUCCUAACCAAUCCCAAUAAUAAAAUCAAUUCAAAGGUGUUCUGCAGCCAGCUACGUGAAAAAAUUAAACCCAUUGAAGAUGGAUGCAAAGAAACGGAUCCGGAGCACGCAACCGCAUACCAAGAUAAGUUAAACGUGAUUGAGCAGCUGCUGAAAAAAAGAUAUUCCGCGGAAUUAGAUGCACAGGUUAUUUCACUUUUGGGACAUGGUAUAAGCGCCUAUGAAUCGGUUCCGACCGCCAUUUAUUGUUUCUUGCGGGCACAGAAUAGCAUUCCUGGCAUUGACACGGACAAUAAGGCAAGGAGGGCGAUUCAGUAUGCCAUAAGUUUAGGGGGGGAUACUGACACGAUAGGGUGUAUGACGGGCGCGAUAGUGGGUGCUUAUUUGGGACACGAAGGAUUUAACGAACGAUUGCUGAAGAGGUGUGAAGAUUACUCUCAAAUAGUUCGAAUGGCUGACGAUUUGUUCAACAAAAGAGAGAACUCAAAAUCGGACCAGUAAUUGUAUGGUUCAGCUGAAAUAAAUUUAUGCUUUUUAUUUUUUUGUUUAACGUAAACAUACUAAGCAUAUAGAUACUUAACUUCUGUAGUCUGUACUUUGGUAGAAAUAAAUAAGAAAGCAAUUAAAA